AUGGCUAGCAGAGGGUACAAAAUAAGUCACAGAUCUUUGAGUAAGAACGGCUGGCUAUCAUCAAAGGACUUAUAUGCAUUAGCACAAGAGAUUCUUCAACCUGAAUAUCAACUGAAAUCUUUCUACGAUAAAUCCAUACUUGAACGACCACGAAGAAACAUAUUUGAGUCUAAGAAUUCCCAGCUCAGCAGGAUAUUGGAUGAUGAAACUUUGGUGCACUAUGAAGAGAAACUUGGUGAUAGAACCAAAUGUAUUCAUGAUUUCGUAGGUGAAGAAUUUAAGAUUCUGAAUAAGGAGGCCAUAGCAGUACUAUGUGGAUCAACAGACUCCAAGAUACCUUUAACUCCCGUAUCAUCUAUAAGGUCAAUGGAGAACUUGAAAUCAAUCUACCUAGAUUCAUACAAAUUAAGAUUAAUGGGUCAAUCUGUUUUCCAAAAGACUAGAGAUGCUAUGAUCCUUUUUGGUGAUGUUCAGUUCCUAGCCACUCCAUGGGAUGAUAUUAUGGGAUACUUAACACAGAUGAACCAUCCAUCCAUCAUCCUAACUUUCAUGAAGAAUAAUUCCAUGUAUAAAUCACUUAUCCCCGUCAGGGGAGUAUUUAGAGUCAGUAAAGAUAACGAACAACAACAAUUGGCAAUAAAGAUGAGAGAAAAAACAGCUAUUGACAGUUUCCACCUCCUCCUAGGUAUUCUCGUUAUCAAAUAUGGACAGGAAAAUGUUGUGGAGAACUUCAUCGUGCCUAAAAUCUUAGACGGUAGAAAUGGUAUCAUAGAGCUCAUAAUGAAUAGAAUCAACAAACGUAAUGUUACGUAA